AUGCCUUCGACCAGCAUGGAUAAAGUUCCUACUACUGAAGAAGGUAUGGCAGAAAUAAAGGAAGGUUUCUAUAGGAUGGCGAGAUUUCCGCGGGUUCUUGGAUGUGUGGAUUGCACCCACGUACGAAUACUAUCUCCUGGACCUAAAUUGCAGGUGCAGAAUAUUGUUGCGCGGUACCCUGGCUCUGCCAGCGAUAGCAAUAUUUUGUCUCCCUCCACAAUUAAUGCCCGUUUUAAGGCUGGUGAAUUUGGGGAUUCCUUACUUUUGGGAGAUUCUGGAUAUACUGUCACAAAUUUCAUGAUGACACCACUCCCAGCUACACACAAUUUAGCGGAAGAAUUAUACAACGAAUCCCAAAUUAGAACAAGAAACAGUGUUGAGCGGUUAUUUGAAGUGAUAAAAAAGCGUUUUCCUGUAUUAUCUAUUGGAAUGCGAGUAGCUAUCCCGAAAGUGCAAAAUGUUAUUGUGGCAUCAUGUGUACUGCUCAAUAUCGCAAUCUACCAUAAAGAAGACGAGCCCCCUGUAGAUCCUGAUGUCAGGAUUCCAAAUUUAGAGCAGCCUGAAGUUCUUGACCAGCCUUUCAGAAUGGAAAAUGCUCGUCAGCAGUUAAAUGAAAAUUAUUUCGUUCCGCUAGAGGAGGAGCCGGGAGAUAGUAUACAACUAGUCUACUUUGAUAUCAGUGUGACCGCAAAACAUGAAAAUUAUGAAAAAAGCUACAGAUUGGAUCACGAGAAAAAUUAA